AUGUCAAUGGUACCAUAUGAAAGAUAUCAAAAGUUGAAGAGAAAAGGCAAGGAAUUACAAGUUGGUUUUGAUAGGUUAUCGAGAGAACUUGAGAAGUCACGUAAAAGAUUAAGAAAUUUAAGAAGGGAGAAGGAACAACUUUUAGAUCGUAUUUGCAUUUACGAAAAACGAAACAGUAAUAUAACUUCUGAUAGUGACUCCAAUUCCUCUUCAGAUGGAGAAGAUGCUGAAAAUAAUAUACAAAAUAACAUUAUUCAACAUCAUCAAAUUCAACAUAACCAUAAUCGUCAUCAAAAACUUAAUGGAACUUUAACAAUUAAAGGGAAUCUACAAUAUGUUGAAAAAGAUGGGGAGGGAAAUUAUAAAUUACCUGUUCAAGUUGGAAUAUUGACUGUCUUAGAUUUAGGUCAUGUUGUUUAUGAUCGUGAAGCUUUUCAUAAUGAUCGGUCAUAUAAUAGCAUGAUUGAUCCUAACAAUCAAACAAUGUAUACUUGCAAAAUUGAAGAUGGUGGAAGUGGCCCUAAAUUUAUUAUUGAACCUGACGAUCGACCAGGAAAGUCAAUAAUAGCAAACACAGCAACAGGUGCAUGGACAACAGUAGUCCGUGAGGCUAAUGCAAUCAGACAACGUAAUCAUUCAAAUUCAGCAUCUGGUCCUGACUAUUAUGGGUUCUCUCAAGCAACUAUACGAAAAAUGAUUCAAGAUCUUCCUAACGCUGCUAGAUGCAAAAAUUAUUUAUUACAAAGUUUUGAAGUUAUGAAAUCACGUAAUGGUGCUGGUGGUAGUGGAAAUAAACGUCGUCGUAAUAAUGUUAAUGGCGUGAUGCUGGUGGUAGUCGACGCUGGUGUUAAUGGUACUUUUAGUGUUGAUAAUCGUGAUUUUGAUAAUGGAAAUAGAAGUGAUGGCACGAUGAAAUCUCAAAAUACUGUUUAA